AUGGAGAUCGAAAAGAUUACACAGCACCUACAAGCUAUGGGCAUACCAGUUCACUUUGGACAUAUCGCAACUCAACACUACGCGGCAGACUGCGCAACGCGAGGUCUUACUCAAACGGAACUAGCUGAUCACAUCUGGUGGACAGGACCAGCUAUCCUCCAUGAUCCUCCAAAAAGUUGGUCAUCCACGUUGUGGACAUUCGACUAUGACACUGGCUUUGAAAAUGAGCAUCAGGAUGCUACUACUAAUAAAAAGGAAUCAGAAGUCAUAGAGCCUCUCGAAGAACUCAAAGAAAAUGCAAAACGAAUUAUAGCGCGAGUCUUACGCUACAUUGCAAUUCUUGUUGCUCGAGUGAAUGCUCGAAGAGAUCGUCCAAUUAGGCUUUCCGCACUUCUUGAGGAGAACUCUUGGUCAGCAGAAGUCCUAAUUCGCGACCGUCAUAAUAACGGACAUCCAGGAAUAAGUCACACCAUGUCCUUGGUGAGACAAUCCUUCUGGAUUCCCAAAUUGCGAGCAGAAAUGACACGCAUUAUUCGGCACUGCAUACCCUGUCAAAAGUUCAACAAUUUUCCCUACAAGUAUCCCGAACAAGGCGAUUUGCCGGCAGAACGGGUCUGCAGAUCACGACCCUUCGCACACGUCGGACUGGAUUACUUUGGUCCACUGUCCAUUCUAAAGUGCGAUGGUACAGAACGCAAAUGCUAUGGACGUAUAAUUACGUGCAUGGCAACACGCCUCGUACAUCUCGACGUCGUUUCUGACCUCUCCACCACAGCACUUCUCAUGAUGUUACGCCGCUUCUUCGCCCGACGAGGUCAAGCAGUUUCUAUCACAAGUGAUAAUGCUCCAACGUUUACUCUUGGAGAAACCACUCUCAGCGAGUGUCUACAUGCGGUCCAAAAUGACCCGGCUGUGGAACGAACAAUAACAAGUCGAGAAAUCCAGCGGAAGCAUAUCAUGCCUUACGCUCCAUGGCAAAAAGGCUUCUAUGAGAGACCCAUUGACUUCCUUCAAAACGAGUUUGAAGUUCCCUAUCCAUUGGAUGACAUCGCUGAAGAUGAGAGAGAUCCUUCUUAUCUCCCACCUGGAGAACAAGUCCUUCUAAGAACCAAGACACAAACUAUAAAAGCUCUACAAACAUCCUGUAAGUUCACAGAGAAGUUUUGGCGAGAUCAAUAUUUGCUUGCUUCGCAUCAACGCGAAGUAGGAAAAAACAGAAGUUUACGAUAUUCUCCUAGAAAGGAUGACAUUGUAUUAAUUAACGAACCAAUACUACCUCGACAUUCGUGGAAAAUGGGAAGAAUACACGAUCUGAUAAUGAGCUCAGAAGGAGUAAUACGCAAAGCGGUCAUCAUGCUACCAUUUCAUCGCCAGAUACGCAGACCGAUAAACCUUCUGGUUCCACUAGAACUAGAGGAUGAGAAACGAAAGAACGAGGACUCUCCAGUACAAGUACAAGAACCCAAAUCGGCUUCAUCGUCCACUUCCACAGAGAGAAUUCACGAGUCUGAAAACUGUCCUGAGUCCAUACCCAGUAGCAAUAAACAGACAAGUCGAUAUAACCUACGACCAAGAAGACAAGUAGAUUAUAGAGGAAUUCUCUCAAUUAUUCGUGCAAAUCAAUCCGCUACGCUACUCACCAUUUUGUUGAUUCUGGCAAUAGGAGACUUAUAUUCCGACGAGGCAUACCAACAUUCCUCAAGCACCAGACCCAUUCGUUGCAUAGAUGGAGCCGCAGCGUUCUGCCAAAACAUCGACUGCAUCUUCUGCUCCGUUGCAAUUCUCAACCCAGAGUGCUGGCCAGCUGAAACUAUCAUCGCCGUCACAAUUCUCCUCUACUUUGUCAUCUCCGGAGCUCUCAUCAACGGCAUUACACGAAGGACGAGGAGAGAACAUAAGAAUCGUCGACGAGAGGUCGACCUGAUCAAGCUGUUGGCUAUCUUGUACAUACCUACUUUUGCUAUGGCCGAAACAAAAGACGUCUUCACACGCGACACGAACUACGGUAUAGGGAACAGCAAACGCUGUCCCCAUAAGGGAUCAUGUAAGGGAGGAAAGUGUGCAGAUAUAAAUGCAACAAAUCUGCUACCAGAAUUGGAACAUGGGAACGAGUAUCCGGGAAUUACAGCAUGUGUGGAGUCCUGCGGAGGCCUCGGAUGCGAUUGUUUCUAUUGGAGCUCGGGAUGCCUGUUUUACCGCAUUUAUUUAAUGCCUACCACUCCACAAGUUUACGAAAUCUUCCACUGCAAUCGAUGGAGAGAAGCAGCAAAAGUCGAGAUCACACAUUACGACGCUGUCAAAGGAACAGCUGAGUCGUACUUGGCACAUCUGCGACCAAAUAUCCCAGUGUUAUGGAAGUUUUUUACACUCACUCUAAGUUCCAUAACAGUGCCACCAAUUCCACCCUUUAAUUCGCCAUUCGUUACGGAUGGAAACCACACGACCAUUUGGCACUCAAACAGAAAACCUGCCCUGCAGUGUCCGAAUCACACGACAGCGAUGAACCUCGACUGCGACAUUGCAGAAGACUGUACAUGCUAUCCGGCCGAGACCCAAGCCAACUGUAAAUGCAGACAAGUUGAUAUCUCCUCAUGGUUUGACAACAUACAACAUCGUCUCCCGGUAGUUUUACCGCCAGUAACAUUCCGACAAACUCGAGAAGGACAAGUUCAAGCCACAAUAUCAAGCAUGACUAGGGGGGCGGUCGUUAGGUACCCACAGCCGCCGCGACAGCCGAUCAUUAGGGAAAAAGAUUGGCAACGGCGAUCGUUAAUUGCGCUGCGCAAUGUCAGCAGAGCACUGCGCUGCGUUUGCCUCAUGCCCCGCACAUCACAUCCUUCAUCAACGACUCUCAUCGUCUAA